AUGGCGAUGGCUACUACCCUGUCGCCCAUCCUGAACAACCCAACCUCGAAUCCUGUCAGCCCUGUCGUCACCACCACGGGCGGUGGCCCACCCGAGUUAAGCGAUAUCGAUUAUCUCCGCGAGGUCCUGGGGCAGCAGCAACCACCCGACGGCAAAACAGAGGCGGAUAUCGAGUCGGAACUUGCUGACAAGGCGGCGGCGUUGGGGAUAGAGCUGCCGAUUGAAGGGGGGGCGAGGUUGACGGUGGAGGAGCAGCUGUCGAGUGGUGAGUCGGAUGGUGCUUUUACUAGGCAGCAUGGGAGGACGGUGUCGUCGACGAGCUCGAACGAGACGGUUAACUCUGGUUCUGGUUCACAUGCGUCGCGCCACUCGAUAGUGCUGCCGGCAACGUUGACGGAGUCGGCUGCGAGGAGGAGGUCGAGGAGUUUGACUUUUUCGCAGUAUGAGAAGUAUCUAGGCCAGAUCAACCCUGCGCUGGAUCAGCCCAAGUUUAUGAGGCCGCAGCAUGACAAGACGGAGAGGUCGGUGGGGAUAUUGGUUAGGUCAGGGACGAGGAAGGGGGUGAUGGAUCUCAAGAGGAGCAUUGCUAGCAGGUUAAAGAGAAGGAGAGCUACACCUUCCUCUCUGACGCCCAUCCCCUGCAUCUGCUGCCGCGAAGACUUUUCCCGCGAAAACAACACCCUCCAAACCCUCCCGUGCGGCCACACCUACUGUCAAGAUUGUCUUGAAGUCAUGAUCGCCCAGUCCACCUCGGACGAGUCCAAAAUGCCUCCCCGCUGCUGCACCCAGCCCAUCCCCACCCCCAUCAUCAAGAGCGUCCUCCCUCGUGACAAACAGCAGCUAUUCCUCAAAGCGGUCCAGCAGUACUCCACCCCCUGGGAAAACCGGAUCUUUUGCCCAAACACCACCUGCGGCGAGUUCAUCCCCCCCACCUCCAAAAUCGACCCGAAGCACCCCUUUGAAGCGGUGUGCAGGUACUGCCGGACGAGGGUUUGCGUCAUGUGCAAACGGAACGCGCACAGGCUGGGACAGGACUGUCCGUCUGAUAGGGAGCUGGACGCGGUGCUUAAGAUUGGUGAAUGUUCCGGGUGGAGGAGGUGCUACAAGUGCCGGACGUUGGUGGAGCUGGCGCAGGGAUGCACGCAUAUCACCUGUCGGUGCAAGGCGCAGUUUUGUUACAUUUGCGGUGCGGUCUGGGAUCCGUGCGUGGGGUGUCCGAAUUUUUGCAACGGGGAGGAGGAGCUGGAGCGGAGGAGGGUGGCGGAGGAGGCGAGGUUGGCGGAGCUGGAGGCGGAGGAGCUGGCGAGGGAGAAGUUGGCGGAGCAGGAGGAGAGGGAGCGGCAGGAGAGGGAGAGGAGGACACUGGAUAAUGUCGAGUUUAGGAUGUUGAAAAGAGAACAAGAGGCGGAGAUGCAUCGGUUCAGGGCGUUCGAGCUGGGGGCGAAGCAGAAGAUGAAGGAGAGGCACUCGAAAAAGAGGAUGGCGCUGGGGGAGAAGUAUGACGAGCUGACGGAGAAGAUGAGGGAGAGGCACGCGAAGACGGAGCAGCAUUUGGAGGAUCGGCAGGUGCUGGCCGAGUUUGAGCUGUUGGCGAGUUUGGAGGAGAAGGAGAAGAAGAUUAGGCUGAAGCUGAAGUAUAUGGAGGAUUAUUGCAGUGGGAGGCACCGGCCGUCGGCGAGUGAGCUGAGUGCGGAUCCGGAGGAGAGGAAGAUGCCGAGACGGGAGAUCACGAUGAAGGAUAGGGAACAGCUGAGGCAGCAGUACUGCAUACGGGAUGGGAUGGAGAGGAAGCAUCAGUCGCAGAUUAAUGUGUUGAGGGAGAAGCAAGCGAAGGCGCUGGAGGAGCUGAUUGAACGGCAUGAGAAGGAGAUGGAUGCGCUGAUGGACAGGCGAGCGGAAGAGAUUGAGGAUUUGGCGGUUGAGUUUACAAACGAGGAAGAAGAGAUGGUAGGGGUCUUUAGGGAGAGGAGGAGGAGGCUAGAGUGGAAGUGGGAGUUGGAGAUGGAGAUCCUUCGAGUGAGAAUGGAGAGAGAGCUGGGGGUCGCCUUCGUGAGACUUGGGGGGCCAAAGUGGCCUGAGGAACAACAGCUGGUCCUGCAGCAACAGCAAAUAGUAGCUGAGCACGAGCAGCAGCAGGAGUACAUAUUGCCUGUGGUGGCGGGGAUGGAGAGUAUCACGGUAGACGAGGUUCAGGUUGAGCCUGAAGCUGAGGUUGGGAUUGCGAAGUGA